UAUCAAUGAACUCGGGGAAGGAAAGGACACUGUUUGAUUCGCGCUUUGGUUAGCAACAAGGUACGGUUUUGAUCUUGUUUUGAUAUGCCCCAACCGUGUUGAUUUAGUGUUUUCUUCAAUAGUAUACUCAAUUUGUAGCUGUAAACUUUUCAGGGGCUAAACACUCACAGAUAGGUAACAAGCAAGAUGUGGAAAAACUGGUUUGUGUCGCUUAUUUUGAUUAUUGUUAGUGCAACAUUAGCUGCUGUUACGGCGUCACCGGCUCUGAGCGAGCGGCUUAAGAUAUUCGGCUUACCGUUGGGCUCAAACCUGGCCGAUUUAGGACAUCUUAUAGAACAACAUAUACUAGAGUUUGUAAAAUGGCAAACGCCUAUUUCAGUAUUUUUUUAUUCCCUGUUAACGUACGUGCUGUACAAACUGUACCAGAUUUUGUUUUCACCGUUGUAUUUUGUCCGUAAACAAGGUGAUGUUGGUUACAUCAUUGAUGGGAACAGUGUCAGUAAAAAGGAUGUUGCUAAUGAUAUUAAGAGGAGACGUAAAGCGGGAGACGUUCCUCCUGUUUACCCGAACGGUUGGUUUAGAGUCAUCGAGUCGAGAUUUUUGAAGGUUUCGGAGGUGAAAUAUGUUAGCAUGCUUGGUCAAGAACUAGCUGUGUAUAGAGGUGAGAACGGGGAAGCACAUGUUGUUAAUGCAUACUGUCCACAUCUUGGUGCCAAUUUAGGUGUCGGUGGUCAGGUCAAAGGCAACUGCAUUGAAUGUCCAUUCCACGGCUGGCUCUUCAGAGGAGAGGAUGGUAAAUGCGUUAAUAUACCAUAUGCAAGCAAGGUUCCAGAAUUUGCAAAAAUUAAGUCUUGGCCGUCAAUUGAGAUGUUUGGGUUGAUAUUAAUGUGGUACCAUGCUGAAGGCGCUGAACCUUUAUGGAUCCCACAAGAAUUUGCUAAUUUUAAGAACAUGCGUUACCAAGGCUAUACAGAGCAUGUUGUUAACGCACAUAUUCAGGAGGUUCCAGAAAAUGGUGCCGAUUUGAAUCAUCUUACUCAUUUGCAUACUCCUUUUUUAAUGAGCGGUGCUGACUUACGAUAUUCAUCGAAGAGUUUCUGGGAUUGGAUAAAGCAUGGAUGGGAUGGUUACUGGCAGCAAGAUGAAGAUAAUAAACACAUAGGCCAAUUAUUUCUCAAACAUCAUCUUAGUUUUUUCGGUGUGGAAAUUCCAAUUGGUACAGUAAAUGUUGUAGCUACACAGAUUGGUCCAGCUAUUGUACUGUUGAACUUCAAGACAAUCCUUGGGACAGCCUGCAUGGUACAUUCCAUCACACCAGUUGAACCACUUCUCCAGAAGAUUACACAUUCAAUAUAUGUAGAUGGGUUUAUUCCAACGAUUGGUGGUAAAUUUCUGCUGUGGGCCGAGGCUAUACAAAUUGAGCGAGAUUUAAUGAUUUGGAAUCAUAAAACGUACAUUCAGAAACCACUCCUGGUGAAGGAAGACAACCUGAUAGCAAAGCAUCGGCGCUGGUAUUCACAGUUUUACUCUGAAAACAGCCCACGACUCACAUUCCAAAAAGACACAUUAGAUUUUUAAACAACUGCCUCAUGGCCUGUUAAUAUAUUUAAUAUUAUUAUUGCCAUCCUAUUAAAUAUUUUCAUUUUCAUAAUUAUUACUGUUAUAAUUAUCCACAUGAAUGCUCAGUACAUUGAGAUGGAGGGGAGAGAUUAGAGACACAGUAGACCCUCUUUAAAUUCAAUACAUGUCUAGAAGGAGCUUAUUUUUACUCAUUUGUAAAAAAAUGUGAAUUCUUGGAUGUAAGCCAACGACCCUUGUGAUAUUGUAGCUGUCAAGCUUAAUUGCUUGCACUAGCAUAUCUCUGACAAAUCAAGUGUGAAAUUUUUUUAUAUGGCAAAUGACAACUAUUACCAAAUUCCGUGAAUUCAUUCCAAGUGUAAUAUUUUCAACUGUGGUAUGGAAAUAACAUUGUGCCUAGUUAUAGAGUUUUAAUAACCUACUUUCAAAAUUAGGGUUUUUUAAAAAUUAUUUUUAGAUUGAUGUUGAUUUUGAUUAAGUAAAUGCUGAUAAUAUUCCGCUCAUUUUAUGCUACAGUAUGUGUAUAAGUUCAAUGACCGAUUCUUUCUUCCUUUAAACCUAAAUGCAACUGUAUUUUUUUAAAAGUGUAAAUAUUCUGUACCUUGGUCAGGAUGGUUUUAAUUAAAUGAUUAAGAAGUGCUAAAAAAUAGAAUAUAUAUUUUACAGAUUAAACUAUUGCUAAAUAUUUAGUAAAAAUAUGUUAGGCUUAUGUAACCUAUUAGGGCAAGGUAUAUAUAUGCACUUUAUGCACAUUAUUAAUUCAUAAAGUUGCAUCUUGUAACCUUGGCACUCAAACCCACCAGACAGGCUGUAUAAAUGCCUUGCCCACGGACACAGAGAACUGGCUAGCCUCAAAAUUUGCAAUCUUCUAAUUUAGAGCUUAUAUUCUUACUGCACACCAUGCUUGCAUAAGCGUUUCAUCAUAGUAACUUCUAUUUCAGCCCUCACACUGAAGCACAAGGAGAGGCUAUGUGUGAGCUGUGCUAUGACUCCGGUUUGGACAUUUAUGCUGUUUGGUCUUGUGUGCUAUGGCCCAUAAGCAUGUUAAACAAUGCAGUACGCUCUUCAGAAAAGAGUAGGGGAUUGUCUCCGGUGUGCUGCCCAAUUCAUUUUCGUGGAUUAUUCUUGGUGUUUACACCGAAUAAAUCCACCCAUCCAUUAAUUUUAAAUAUUUAUAUCAUCCUAAAUUAUAUCAUGGCAAUAUUUACAGAAAAAAAAAUUGAAUCUGAAUAAUAAUAAUAUACAAAUAAAUAUAUUUUGCCAAUAUCUGUCAAGCCAGAGCCAGGCCUGAGUGGGAUGAUGUUAAAUUUAGCAACUGAAAUAACACAAUUGAAAUCAGUACACAAUUUUUUUAGUGGAGGUGGAGUAUAAGUUAUAAAUUACAUUAUUUAUGAAUAUAUAAUUAAUAUAUUAUGACACAACCCUAUGCUACUGUAAUAUUUGAAAGAUACACGUUCUGUAUACAUAAAAGCUCUUCCUACUAUGCUAUCAUGAUAUUGCUUUUAGGUUUUACAAAAACUUUUAAAUUAUUAUAAGAAAAUUUUCAACAUUUUCCAGUCUUUCUAAAUUGAUGUGAUUAUUGAGUAGCUAUUUAUCAUUACUUCUGAUGUUCAUUGUAAAAUAAGCAUAAUGUAAAAACUGGCUCUCCCAAUCAUUUGAAAUUAGUUGUUGGCAUGACGUGUGUAUGUCAUUCUGUAUAAGAUCAACCUAAUUUCAGAUUUUGACCCCUUUAGAUUUGGCUGAAAUUUAUUUCUAACAAUUAUUUUUGAAUAUAAUGAAUGUAUGGAAAAUAAUAAAUUUACACUCCCAAGUCGAACCAGAAUUUGGGUUCUUCAAGUGGAAGUGACCAUAGGUGGACUGGUGACAUCACUAAAAAAAAAAAUCCCUUUGUAAAUACAAUAAUUGAAUCGUUGCAAAUUUUUAAA